CGACCACUCAUGUCGUCCAUGGACGACGCGGCGGUGACGUGCCACGAGGCCCAGCACCCCAGCGGCCACGAGGCCAAGCCCGCGCGGGCGUCGCGCCCAUGGUGGUGCUUCGGGUCGGCACCCGCGGCCCGCGAGUGGGACCCGACGCUCGACGUCUUCAAGAGCGCGCCCAGUAUCACGAUCAAGAGCGCGCGCGUCGAGGACGAUUGGCCCGUCAAGACGAUCGAGUUCGACGUGCAGUUGGUCUACAAGGACACGACCUGGGAGACGUCGAUCUCCAAGAGCAACAUUUACCGCAUUUGGUUCUACAUCAAGAGCCACGGCCUCAUGAGCGCGAUGGCCCACGUCGCGGAGUCGCCGCCGCCGACGUCGCCGCGCCCUGCGUCGCCGGCCAAAGCCAACUCGGGCAUCUUGGACAUGCCGCAGCUCCGGUAUUUUUCUUUGCGACGCACGAGCGCUCGACAAGCGACGAGAUGCUGCGGCUCGUCGAAGCCUAUCUUAACACUGCGUUCGCGAUCCCAAAAGUGCGCGCGUCGGCGUACGUGCUCUCGCUCUUCCAGAUCAGCGCGGGCACCUUUGACGCCGACGGCCGCGUCACGUCGCAGCGCGAGGGCUGGCUCAAGGUCAAGACGUGGCUCAAGGGCAGCCAAGAAAACGUCCGUGUCUACCGCGGCGCGGUCGCGUGCGACAAUAGCUGCUUCAACUGCCUCUGCGUCUGCAAAAAAGUCGCGUACCAGACGACGCACUGGAAGUGGGUCGCGCUCAAGCCGUGCUGCCUCGCGAUUUACGCCUCGAACCGCGACAAGGCGCCCAAGGAAGUCCUCCUCUUUGACGCCAAGUUCAAGGUCGAGCGCGGCGUGCGCUUUGUCGGGUCGCACAAGGCACUCGUGAUCUCCAACGCGUCGUUUGCCUUGCACGUCGAGGCGCGUCACCGCGACGACGCGCUCAAGUGGGCGAACGCGAUUCGCCGGUCGAUGGAGGCGAGCGAGUGGUCCCAGAACCACCGCGACGAGUCGUUUGCGAUCCCUCGGCCGAUCAAAUCGUCGCGCGCGCAAUGGUAUGUCGACGGCCAUGACGCGUACGCGGCCAUUUACGACGGCCUCUUGCGGGCGACCAAGGAGAUCUUCAUCGCGGGGUGGUGGAUCUGCCCCAACACGUACUUGAAGCGGCCGUCGGAUAUGUUUCCAGACGCGCGCCUCGACCUCGUGCUCAAGCGCAAAGCCGACGAAGGCGUCCAGAUUUACAUUCUCAUGUACAAGGAAGUGAGCGUCGCGUUGACGCUCGACAGCAUGUACUCAAAGAAGACGCUGCGGAGUCUCCACCACACCAACAUUCGCGUGUUGCGCGACCCGGACUUUAUCAUGAAGCAGUGGGGCAUGUGGUCGCACCACGAGAAGAUCGUGUGCGUCGACCAGCACAUCGCGUUCGUCGGCGGCCUCGACCUCUGCUUCGGCAGAUACGACACGCCAGGCCACGCCCUCUUUGACGACGAGGGCACGACGUUUCCUGGCAAGGACUACAGCAACCCGCGCAUCAAAGACUUUGUGCAAGUGAACGAGCCGGACGUCGACCUCAUGGACCGCCACGCGCACCCACGCAUGCCGUGGCACGACUGCCAUUGCCAACUGCUCGGCGACCCCGCCCGGGACGUGGGCCGUCACUUUAUCCAGCGCUGGAACUUUUCGGUGAGCACGCGCGUGAAGGGCUACAAGUUUGAGCACAUUUUGCCUCAAACGGCGCCGCCGCCGCCACCGAGUGUCGCGUCCCCCGCGCCCCCGCGCCGAGCGCUCAAUCGAGGCUUUAGCCGCCUCGUUGACGUGGCAGACGACGACAAUGACGCCGACAAGAGUACUCAUGUCGCGCCCGUCUUCGCGUCCGUCUUCGAGGAGGAGUCGUCCAUGGACGUCGCGUCGCCUCACGUGGACGAAAUUGGCAUCCCCUGUACGGUCCAGGUCGUCCGGAGUAUUUCUCUCUGGUCGGGCGGGUGCCCCACCGAGAAGAGCAUCCAGACCGCGUACAUCCGCCUCAUCACGUCAGCAACAAGCUUCAUUUACAUCGAGAACCAGUUCUUUGUGUCGGGCAUCGAAGGCGACACGCUGUGCCAGAACCGGAUCGCGAACGCCCUCGUCGCCCGCAUCUUGCGCGCGGCGGCCGCGAACGAGCCGUUCCGCGUCAUGGUCGUCAUGCCGCUUUUGCCCGCGUUCCAAGGGAAGCCCGAAGACAAGCAAGCGUACAGCUUGCGCGGUGUCAUGCACUGGCAGUAUCGCAGCAUUUGUCGCGGCGAAGGCUCGAUCUACCGCCGGCUCAAGAAGGAGAUUGACGAUCCGUUCGAGUACAUUGCGUUCUUUGGUCUGCGCACGCAUGCGAUCCAAGACGGGACGCCGGUGACAGAAGAAGUCUACGUGCACUCGAAAAUCAUGAUUGUCGACGACCGUGCGUGCAUCAUUGGCAGCGCCAACAUCAACGAGCGGAGCAUGAACGGCGAUCGCGACUCAGAGAUCGCUGUCGUCAUCGAGGACGCCGAAUUCUUGCCGUCGGCGACGCUAGGCGCGAACGUCGGGCGCUUUGGCCACUCGUUCCGCAUGAAGCUCUUUGAAGAGCAUUUCGGCGUGUCGCCCGGGACCUCGCUCUAUGAACGCUAUCGCGACCCGGUACCCGCGGCCACGUGGUUUGCGUUCCAGGACCAAGCGAUGAAGAAUGCGGUGCACUACAAGUCGGUCUUUGGCUGUCUCCCCGCCGACGACGUCCGCUGCUUCUCGGACAUGGGCGUCAAAUACGACCUCGACAAGAAAGAGCGCGUCGGGACGUUCCGCAAGGUGCCCGAGCAGCUUCAUGCGCGUCUCGACGACGGUGAGCACGUGCGUCCGGCGACGCUUCCCGAAGAGGAACCGAUGAGCACGACAGCGGUACCCAGCACCUGCGUCGCGCUCCCGGACGAGACCCGCCCGCGGUCCGUCUCGCAUCGCCCCUCGCACCGCGAGAAGGAGUCGAACGGCCAAGUGUUUACAUUUGCGAUGACGGCGAUGCGAUGCCACACGGCCGUUAGCGUCCAGCGCCAGGCCGAGCUUGGCGGCGUGCGUGGCCAUAUUGUCUAUUUUCCGCUGCGGUUCCUCGAGGGCGAAGACCUCGAGCCCAAGUAUUACCCGGCCGAGCUCUUUCAGUAG